AUGACCACCCAUUUGUUGCCACCACCGUACACCGCGUUGCCGCUGCGGCUGCUGGACUGCUCCUCCUGUGCCCUCCUGCCUGCGCUGCGGCGGCCGCGGCUAGGCGUCACCUCGGGCGCCGUUGCCAGGUUUGCCAUGGACGCCAUCACGGGCGCCGUUGUUGUGGGGGGUGCCACGGAGACCCUUGUGCCCUUCGCCUUGCUGCGACGCCUGCACGAGAGUUUGCUGUCGGCGGCGACGGAGACUCAGCGAAGCGCGGCGUGGAACAUGCUUGCUGAGGGGAAUCAACUGGUGGUUCUCGUCGAGCCAUGUGAGGUGCCGCAGCUGAUGAAGCAAUUUCCGCAGUACAAGAAGGUGUGCAUGUGUGUGCCAUCGGGCCCGCUUGCGUCGCGGAUGUUGUUUCAGCAGAAACACCUGGAGGAAUUUUACGCGGAGGCGCUGACCCCGGCGAUGGUCGCGUUGUCCUCGACGGCGGGGUACAGCUGGACGGCGUGGAUGCGCUCGUCGUUGACGUGCCGCUUCGAGGGGCUGUAUGUCCCCAGCAUACGUGUGGCCGAGGGCGUGGCGCAUUUGCUGGGCGCCGGCGGUGGCUGUGCGCGUGUGGUGCUGGAGGAGGGCGUCCGGGGCCUGACACCGCGCUGGUUGGAGAUUGUCAUGAAGACCACGUCGUCUUGCGGGGUGCCGCCGGGGCGGGUGGUGCUCGCCUUGUGCCGCAACGAGGGCAGCGAUGGCGACCUCAUCGCGCGGGCCAUUGGCAUGGGCGUCGGCGGCCUGGCGGUGUCCACAGUCCCCGCCCCGCUCUUCCCCCACGCAGAGGAGCUGGUGGGCAUCGACGACGUGGUCGCCGUCGCGGCGGGGUGGAAUGACGUCUGCGGGCGUCUCACCGCGGAGGAGCUGGCGACCCUCGACGACUGCGUCGAGUACUGCGGCGCGAUGCGAGCGGCGUGGGACCGGCGCUGGCGCGCGGCGGAGACGCAGACGCAUUGA